AUGCGACAAAUUGAUGCUCAUCAGAGCUUGGGUGAUUUGCAGCUGACUGUGGAUUUCACAAAGAGAAAGGCCCACAUCGAGUUCUCGCUCCGACCUGUCCACGGCUCAGAGGAAAACAACAGCCUCGAGCCAGUGACAUCAUAUCGGAUCUCCAUCAAAUUCAACUGCCUGAAGAAGCUCUGUCGAGUGGACUCUGACACUGGUGAUUGUGGCAUUCUGCUACAUAUGUCAUUGCCCCCACAUCUCUUCCAAUUAAUGAGCAAGAUUGAGGACUCUCAUUCUCCUGACAAGUUGCUCUGGCGCGACGAUGACACAUGGGUUCGACAAACAGGCUUCAUGCUUGAUCCAAUGGAGAUGAAGGAGCGACCUCUCAGACUGAACAUCGAUCAGUUUAUUGAUGUAGGCAGAUGGACCACUUACUACAUGAAGCUAGACCCUCAGUUUCGACUACAAUGGGAUCAAAUCGAGAAGCACCUUCGAGACUACAACCUCAAGACCAAUCCGCUCUCCAAUAUCUCCAUUGUCUCGCCCGGGUCAACCAACUACUGGUCCAUGGUUGGAGAUGUGGCUCAGAAUCACACAUCAAGCCAGGCCUUAGCCUUUAUGUUCCGUCCCAACACUGUCGCCCUGUCCUUUGACAUCAGAUAUCAAAUGGAAGUCUGCCUAUCAAAAGGAUUUCUCAACGAGCACACGAUUAGCUACGACUUCCUGGUUAAACUUUCUAAAUUCCCCAAUGAUCGCGCGAGGAUGCUACUGGAAGGCGUCGUGGAAGGCAAGAGAUUAGUCUAUAACCCCAUGGACAUAUUCGUGACUGAGCGAGUGCUUCACUACUAUUCAUUUGCCAAGGUGCCUUCAUACUGCACCUUGAUGCGAAGAGCCAUUGUCACACCUACUACCAUCUACUUCAGCACUCCGACAGUCGAGGUCACCAACCGUGUCCUUCGACAGUACUCAGACUUAGCGGAUCACUUCAUGAGAGUACAGUUCACCGAUGAACUCUCCGACGGCCGCAUACAUGCUUCAGCUGACUCGAAUGCGGCAGAUGAGUUGCUGUUGAGAGUCUACCAUGCCUUGAAGAAUGGGAUCAUCGUGGCCGGUCGCCACUACGAGUUUCUGGCUUUUGGAAACUCGCAGAUCAGAGAGAAUGGUGCUUACUUCUUUUGUCCGAGCACUCAUGUGUCCUGCGAUGACAUCCGCAAGUGGAUGGGAAGCUUUGACAAUAUUCGUUGUGUCGCCAAAUACGCAGCGAGAAUGGGACAAUGCUUCUCAACUACAAAACAAGUGUCGGGGUUCAAAGUACCCAGCAUCGUCAAGAUUCCAGAUAUCGAGAAAAAUGGUUACUGCUUCACCGACGGUGUGGGCAAGAUAUCGGGCCUGAUCGCUAAUGUUAUUGCAAGUGACUUCGGACUUGAUGAGGCUCCAUCAGUCUUCCAAUUCAGAAUGGGAGGCUGCAAAGGAGUUUUGACCCGUUGGCCGGACGUCAAGACUAACGAAGUUCACAUUCGUGAGUCUCAAGUGAAGUUCAAUGCCGACUACAACAGCAUCGAGAUUGUUAGAUGUUCGACCUACUCAGUGGCGACCUUGAAUCGGCAGACCAUCACUGUGCUAUCCUCUCUCGGCGUCGAAGACUCCGUUUUCAUCAAGAUGCUCGAAGAUCAGCUCACAAACUAUGAGAAAGCACUGCAAAACAAAGUGGAAGCAAUGGACAUGCUAGGGCGUUACAUCGACCAGAACCAGAUGACACUCAUCAUUGCUCAGAUGAUAAUCAAUGGUUUCAUGGAUACUCAUGAGCCAUUCGUCUGGACACUCUUGCGUCUGUGGAAGACCUGGUCAGUCAAGGCUCUGAAGGAAAAGGCACGUAUCAUUGUCGAGAAGAGCGCUUUUGUUCUUGGCUCUGUGGAUGAGACAGGCAUACUCAGGGGCUACACCAAUAGCAUGGAGGAGGCUACAGAUCUCGACAGAUCCCUCCUUCCCCAGAUCUUCCUUCAAGUCCCUGACCCCGAAGACCGUCGCGACUAUAAAGUUAUCACAGGAGUUUGUCUUGUCGGAAGAAACCCGUCACUUCAUCCAGGCGACCUCCGGGUCGUCGAGGCUGUGGAUGUUCCUGCCCUUCGCCAUCUCAAGGAUACAGUCGUUUUCUCCCAGAAUGGAGACCGAGAUGUUCCCAGCAUGUGUUCAGGAGGCGAUCUAGAUGGAGAUGACUUCUUCGUGUUCUGGGACGAAAACCUCAUACCUCCGGAGUGGAACCACCCUCCAAUGGAUCACGCGCCAUCUAGGCCAGAGAUCCUGGAUAGAGACGUCGACAUGAACGACAUUAUUAGAUUCUUCACCCUCUACAUAAAAAACGAUUCGCUACCGCAUAUCGCACACGCGCACCUGGCACAGGCUGACCGUUUGGAAAGCGAGAAUGGCGGCGAUGAUAGCCACGCCAAGCAUCCCAACUGUUUAGAGCUUGCUGCUCUGCACUCGAAGGCUGUCGAUUAUGUCAAGUCAGGAGUGCCGGCUGAGAUGUCCAGGCGCCUUCAGCCAACCCAUUGGCCUCAUUUCAUGGAGAAGCGAGGAAGAACCUACCAGUCCAAACAAGUAUUGGGGCAGAUCUACGACAGAGUCUACAAUGUUGAAUUUGAGCCUGCCUACGAGAUGCCAUUCGAUAAGAGGGUCUUGGCCAAGUUCAAGUUGGACAAAGACAUCUUGAGGAAGGCCAGACAAGUCAAGUCUAGAUACGAUACCGCUAUGCGCCAAUUGAUGGGUCAGAACGAGAUUACUACGGAGUUCGAGGCUUGGUCAGCGUUCGUCUUGACCAAACCCCUCGUCGGAAAUGACUACAAGCGACAAGAGGAUAUUGGACGUGAGUCUUCUGCUCUCAAACUUCGAUUCGUAACGUUAUGCAUGGAGGCGGCCGGAAUCAAAGAUCGCAGCAGAGACCCAGAGGUUUUGGACCCCUUUGUGGCAGCAAUGUAUCAAGUCACGAACGAGGAAGUUCAGAUCGCCAGAUACGAGAGCAAGGUGGCCCAGAUAGGGACAGAUGGAUGCGCCUAUACUCGCGAAUUGACCACAGCUUCGAUGCCCCUGAUCAGCUUCCCGUGGCUUUUCUACCGAGAGUUAGGUCGCAUUGUGAGUGGCCGCAUCAUCAGGUUCACAUUCGGCGACUAUUCCUUGCAGUCAGCAGAGGUCCAACCGCCAACACAGACGAGGCGUGAGUCACUUGGCGUGGAUGAGUUAGAGGACAUGGAGUACACCCACACCAGCGAUGGAAAGGUGAUGCAUCGCGGAGAGAUCCUCAACCUCUUCGACCACAUGGACGAAGACGAUAAGCUUCCCGUGAAAAAUGUCGAGGCCGAGACUCCUCGCUUAGAUAAGGCAUUAGAAAACGGAGAGUCAUCGAAUUUGGGGAGAAACACGGCCCAGGUCACUGAUGGAGAUCUACCAAAGAGUGCAGUCAUAUCCUCUUCCCCAGACCAAUCAGUGAAUGAAGAUGGACACAUGAUCGACAAGUACAUGUCUAAGGAUCCCAUGAAGGAGAACUCAGACAACACCAACUUAGACAACACGAGAGAUCCGUUGAUGCUCGCGGGACCUUCCUCGAUCACUCACAGGGAGCCCUUGCAUCUCAAUCCGCCGAAUCAGACGGCAAGAGCGGAUUCGACAUAUCAGACUUCCUCAAGCCAGGGCUUGCCAUUCAAGCCAGAGGGCUCGGCCUUGCGUGCGACACUUGGUACUCUAUCUGGUCAUGUGCCUGGCGCUGGCAUGACCCCCACACGUGGCAUCGAGGAGAUGAUCGAGGAUGACGAAGACGACAUCGAGGACGAGAUAGAGGUCGAGGCUGAUGGGGAGACGACAUUGGAGAGAGCCGCCAGGAUGUUAGCUCUCUGA